UCCCGCGAAGUUUAAACAGGGCGCGCGCACCGCUCUGCUCGCGCCUGACCGCCGGCGGUUGCUAUCCGCGCACGCGCACCUCGAGGGGCAGGAUCUGCCCACCGCCGGCUGCUCGUCUCGGUGCCGGCCUGUGGCCCUGAAUCCAACGGCAGGAGUGAGCAUGGCCGUGCAGAGCCACGGUCCGCCCGGCUGCGGCUGCAAAGGGAUCCGUUCGUGCCUGUUGUGUGAGCGCGGCGGGAUUGAAGGGUUCACCAAGUGCCAGCGGAGGAAGUACCAUUUCACUUUUCAUCCUACAUUGGGCUUAGCAGUUGGGGAUCACUCCUGUAGUUUAAAUGGCUGGACUUUUUCAUUUCCUGGAGUAUUUUUAUUGGAUGAAUUUGUGAAUGAAGAGGAAGAAACUAAGCUGGUGAGCCUGAUGGAUAAUGAUGAAUGGAAGCUUUCACAAUCUGGACGCAAGAAACAGGACUAUGGUCCAAAGGUGAAUUUUAAAAAGCACAAAUUGAAAGUAGGAAGCUUCAGUGGCCUACCAAGCUUCAGCCGUCUCCUCCUAAAUCGAAUGGUACAAUAUCCUGUGUUGAAAAGCUUUCUUCCUGUGGAGCAAUGUAACCUGGAUUAUAGACCAGAACGUGGCUCUUCCAUUGACGCACACUUUGAUGACUGGUGGUUGUGGGGUGAACGUUUGGUCAGCCUGAAUCUACUGUCUGAAACUAUAUUAUCAAUGUCUUGUGACUCAGAGGAUCUCAUCCAGCUCCAUCAUCAGUCCUGUGAUCCAGUAACGGAUAAUUCAGACAGCCUUUGUAAUUUCCAUGCAGAUAAUACUCAAUUUCUGUGCACAGAUAACUGUAGUGUGAAAAGCACCGGUGACAACUGUCAAAGGCAUGUCCCUUAUAAAGACAUAGAGGUAGCCAUUCAUUUGCCGAGAAGAUCUUUAAUUGUUUUAUAUGAUGAUGCACGAUAUAAAUGGAAACAUGGCAUAAACAGGGAAGAUAUUAAAUCAAGGCGGAUCUGCAGUACCUUUAGAGAGCUAUCAGAAGAAUUCAGCCAUGGAGGGAAUCAAGAGGCAUUGGGAACAGAGCUCUUGGAUCUUGCAUUGAGCUUUCAAGGUGUUCCUGUAUGAAAUUACUGUUUAUAAAAUGUCAAGUGCAAGUAAUCAUCAUUACAAAGUCAGCUUUGGGGUAUCUUUUUUUUUUAAAAGUUGUUAUUUAACCCAUCUUCCUAUGCUGUGUUCUGGAUCAUAUAGGAUGUAAUGGAUGUUCCAGUAUCUGUCCAAACCUUUGCAGCAUUAUAAAUGUUUUGUUCGAGUUGUAAAAGAGCAGUGAGAUUCUGAUCUGAUUUAUUUUUUUUCUCUGCUGCCCCACUGAAAAACAGUCCACUCCUAAUCUUACCCCUUUUAAGCAAACAGUCGUCUUUCGGCAGAAACUAUGGAAUCAGAAUCAUGCUUUGUCACAGUUAUCCGCUCAUGUACUUCGCACAUGAGCCAAAAUGAGGCUUUUAUUGAUGAGGGAAAUGAAACAUGAGGUAUGUGUGGGGAAUCUAUAAUCUAUUCAAUGCACAUUUAGUGAAAAUACGUGUUGGUUUGAGGGUUGACCAGUUAAGAGGGUGAUGUCUAUUUUUAAUUAAUGAACUUAUUUUAAAUUAAUUAAUUAAUACACAGUUCAAAUUAUAUCAACCUGUCAAGCUUUUUCCUCAGAAACCAAUGAUUGGGGUUUUCUCAAAGCAAGGAGGUAGUGAUCUAUUUUACUUUCAAAUGUUCCGAUUUUUAAUUUGAAUAAAUGCUAAUAUUUUUAAACAAUUUUAUGCUCUAAUCUAACUUUAACUUUAAUUACUCAAACAUGACAUUCAAUGUUUUGGAAUUCUGUUGCCCAAUGAGCUUAAGAUUUAAGUAAUUUUGAAUUGAGAACUAGGUUGUUGCAUAUCUAAUUACUGUUUCUAAAAUAUCAGUUAUUUUGGAAUGGGACAGUCCUUUCUCAACCAUUUACAUUUCUUGGAUUAGCACCCCUACCUCGCAUUUAACUAUCUCUUGGCUUAGAUCAGCAACUGCUUUGGCUGCCAAUUCCUUCCUUUUCUUGCUGUCCAUCCAUUUCCCUGUCCUCCCACUCCGCCGUCAGCACAAAUACCACCCUUUCCCAGUUAUAUUCAAUUCUGACAAAGGAUCACUGGUCUCAAAACGUUAACUCUGUUUGUCUCCCUACAGAUGCUGCCAGACCUCUGCUGAGUUUCUCCAGCACUGUUUUUGUUUAAGCUUCACCUGCCUUCAUGAUGUUAACGUCCAUCCUUUCAAAUAUACAUUUUCAAUAUUGAUUCAGCUCUGUCCACUGAAAUACACCUUCAUAUAUGAAGCAAGAUACAUCUUACUUAUGGGAGUAUGUGACACUCCAUGCAACUAUCACUCUGCUGGAUGGGUCUCUGAUGGGAGCCUUGCCUGGCUGAUUACCUCUGUGGUAGUUUUGUGAUUUUUGUCUAUGACAGCAACAGUCAUGCCUCCCCACUGCCGUCACCAGAAACAGCAGUAUCAUCUGAAACUGGCCGGCCAAAAGACCUAGAAAAAUCAUGAGACAGUUGUGUGAUGCACAUGGAUCAGGAUGCCAAGCAGUGUGAGGUAGCACUGUCAGAUGGCACAGCAUAUGGAGGGUUUUAAUAACCUACAAAUCCAGAUAGAAUACAUCCCAGGUUUAAAAAACAACUCCCAUAAGUGCUUAUGUGGUUGUGCUGUGGAAAAUGCUGAAACCAUACAAGUUCCAACAAGACUCAGUGCUGGCAAGAAGUCCGUCUCUACACAGACAGAAGAAAUGGGAGUGAGACCCACAAGACUGUAGUGCAUUUCUUAUGCAGGCCUGGAUCUAGGAUUAGGAGUUCCAAUCAAUGCGGACAAAGACAUGAUAGAAGAAAGUGUUUAGGCAGCCUGCAACAGUUUCUUCAAGGAUUUGGGAAGGGUUGACGAUGUUCUCAGCAAUGAAACGUUGGCUCAAUAUAGGUGUCAUAUCCAGUCAUCAUUGAACUAUAAAAGAAGUGCCAUUAAUAAACUUGUGAUACAUGACAUCACUGAGCAAUUAUUUCGUACACUCUGUAACGCUGUGCUUUCAACAUUAGGCACUUCCUGCAUCCAUAGGGAUGAGAAACAUCAGAUUAAGAACAUCCAGCAAGGUACUCCCAAGUUAUAGAUACUCAUCCCAUUUGCCAGCAUUUGGCACAUAUCCCUCUAAAUCCUUUCUGUUGAUGUAUCUAUCCAGAUACCAUUUAAAUGUCAUAAUUGUACCAGUCUCCAUCACUUUAUCUGGCAGCUAAUUCCACACACACACCACCCUCUGCAUGAAAAAGUUGCCCCUUAUGUCCUUGUAAAUCGUACAUCCUCCCCUCAAUGUUAUGCCCUCUAGUUUUGGACUCCCCUACUCUGGGGAAACGACCUUGCCUAUUUACCAUAUCCAUGCCCAUCAUGAUUUUAUAAGCUAUUAUAAAGCCUCCCCUCAGCCUCUGAUGUUCUGGGGAAAAUAGCCGCAGCCUAUUCAGUCUCUCCCUAUAGUUCAAAUCUUCCAACCCUGGCAACAUUCUCAUAAAUCUUCUCCGAAUCCUUUCAAGUUUAACAACACUUCCCUAGAGCAGGGAGUUCAGAACUGCACGUAGUAUUCCAAAAGUAGCCUGUCCAAUGUCUUGUGCAGCCGCAACAUGAUCUCCUAACUCUGAUACUCAGUGUAGUCCCCAAUAAAAGCAAGCGUGCCAAAGUUGCCUUUACUAUUCUUUCUAUCUGCGACUCCACUUUAAAAGAAAUAUGAACCUGCACCCCAAGGUCUCUGUUCUACAGGAGCCUACAAUUGCCAUCUGGAAGAAUACCGAGCACUGUGGGAGGAGGUCAAGUGACAAAUAACCCACGUCGCUAAGAAGUGUGAUGAGUGGAGAAUACCACACAAUAGCCUGUCAUUAUGCUAAGUGCUAAAGGUGGAGGACCUGUCAUACAAGUCAGCAUCUUUACUCGCUUUAAGUGCAAAUUAACAUUCUCAUCAAAGGUCAGCCUCAGCCAACACGAGCACCGUAGGUGUGGACAGCCCCACAUUAAAAAAUGGUUGGAAACCCUAAAAGUUAUUGCAAAGCCAGGGAUGAGAUCUUACAAAUGGAUUGAAGAAAAAACAUAUCAUUUUUAUCAAUUAUAACAGCAAUGUGCAGGAUGCUCAUUUAUAAAUAAAAAGAUCACUAGCUUCCUUACUACCAAAACAUCCAAGCAAAUUUCUGAAAGAGCAGUGUUGUAGAACAUCCACAUGGUAGCACAACCACCAAUCCCUGACGAGAUUGAAGAAGAUACCAUGGAGGUCGGUCCAUUUAACAAAGCUGUUGCCUAGAAGGAGGUCACCCAAGAAACAAAAAGGAUCAUUUGACCUCUGGCCUCUAAUCUGAAAAUCAUGAUAUUCACAAUCAAUCAACCUAGCAUGAAUAAAUGUUAAGUAAAAAAGGUGACCCCAAAGUCAGAGUGUUGGGGUUAGGGCCUAUGGACCGAUCACUGACUUUCUAAUGACUGGAUGUGUUCAGCGCAAACCUACUCCUAGACCAAUAGAACAUGGCUUAAGAAAGGUUAAAAGGUAUGGAUGUGAAAAGAAUAUGGGUGCAAAGAAAUGAUGGGCAAGUAAAAGACAGAGUUCUGAGAAACUCAAUUGCUCUAUAAAAAUAAUAGGCAUCAACUAGCUCACUAGAUAAUUGGGAUGGCAGCCAUUACUUUGUGUCCCCUUUCUAAGGAGGAGCCCGAGCAUAAUUUCAGUACAAAAUGAUCAGUGCUGAUCAAUAUGGGAAAUCUUGAUAAAUUUUUAAUACUUGAAUCAAAGGGAUGACAUUCAGUUGAGACAUCCCAUAGUGAACAGGAGUCAACUCGACCAUUGUGGCGAUAGACCCAAAGAGUGCAAUUGGUCCAGAUGGAAUGAAAUUAGUGGGUGUUCACAAAUAUUCACGAUGGAAAUGCCACACAUUUGCCUUGACUCUUUUCUCUGUGGUUAAAAAGCAGCACCAUCCUAAACUCCUUAAAAAAGAAUCAGAAUGGCUUGAUUCCAAAGACAGAAGAUGCAGAAUGUCAGAGAAACAUUGAUAACUAGAGGAACGUCACUGGCAAG